AUGUAUGUUCUCUUUCUUAUUGCUAUUAGCUGUACGAUACAAAAGACAAAGCAUUUUGUGGCACAUGAAGAUUUAAAUUUAAUACAAGAUGAAGAGUAUCGACAUUUCUGUCGGAAAUCUUCAUUUCAAAGAGGAGAUUUUUAUAAAACUGUAAAAUUUAACAAAGCAGCACGAAAUGAAUUUGUUGUCAUACAGGUAGCAAAAGUAAAUACGGAUUGUAACUUUCAACUUGCUGCUAUGUCAAAUUCAAAAGAGGAACUUACUGUUCACAAUAUUUUUCCCACUGAUCAUCUUAAUCAAAAUGUUAUUCUUUUGGUAGCAUGCAGUAAAUUACUGCGUCAAAAAAAUUAUUUCCGUAUUUGGUAUCAUGGUGGUGGAAUACUACGAAGUAAACCGUAUGAUGAGUCGGAAGGUUUGAAACAUGUUCAAAUUAUACCGGAACCUAAAUGUAGAAUCGGAAAAGGAACAGGAAAAAAUCGAAGUAUAGCAUUUGUCCAUUUCACUAUGUUACGAAUGCGAUUACCUGUUACUAAUAACACUGAAGCAAUAUGGAAAAGGAUCGGUGAUGCCACUGAUAUGCAACAACCGAAAUUCCGAUCAUACGAAACGUUAACCAAAUAUCAGAAAAGUAUUUUCGUUCCGGAUUCAUUUAUUGGUAAACAUUCACCAAUCAUUGAAUUAUCACAUAGUAUUGUAUUGCUUAUUGUCAUUUCAUUUAUUAAUGCAUUUUCAUUUUUAUUUUAA